AUGGAGACUCUGAACACCUCCACCAUGGCUGGUGCUGGGAUGGUGGUGGAGAGGGACUUCUCCUUCCGCAUCCUCACAGCCUGCUUCCUGUCACUGCUCAUCCUGUCCACACUCCUGGGGAACACACUGGUCUGUGCCGCGGUCAUCAGAUUCCGACACCUGCGCUCCAAGGUGACCAACUUCUUUGUCAUCUCCUUGGCGGUAUCGGAUCUUUUGGUGGCUGUUUUGGUGAUGCCCUGGAAAGCGGUGGCUGAGAUCGCUGGCUUCUGGCCCUUUGGGUCCUUCUGUAACAUCUGGGUGGCUUUUGACAUCAUGUGCUCUACCGCGUCCAUCCUUAACCUCUGUGUGAUCAGCGUGGACAGGUAUUGGGCCAUCUCAAGUCCCUUCCGGUACGAGAGAAAAAUGACCCCCAAAGCAGCCUUCAUUCUGAUCAGUGUGGCUUGGACCUUGUCAGUACUCAUCUCGUUCAUUCCGGUGCAGCUCAGUUGGCACAAGGCAAAACCCACUAGCCCCUCAAAUGGGAAUGAGACUUCCCUGGGCGAGACCACAGACAAUUGUGACUCCAGCUUGAGCAGGACAUAUGCCAUUUCAUCCUCCCUAAUUAGCUUUUAUAUCCCCGUGGCCAUCAUGAUUGUCACUUACACCAGGAUCUAUAGGAUCGCCCAGAAGCAAAUCCGGCGCAUCUCAGCCUUGGAGAGGGCAGCAGUCCAUGCCAAAAAUUGUCAGACCACUACAGGUAAUGGAAACCCUGUGGAGUGUUCCCAACCGGAAAGCUCCUUUAAGAUGUCCUUCAAAAGAGAGACUAAAGUCCUGAAGACCCUGUCUGUUAUCAUGGGGGUGUUUGUGUGCUGCUGGUUACCUUUCUUCAUCUUGAACUGCAUGGUGCCCUUCUGUGGGUCAGGCGAGACCCAGCCCUUCUGCAUCGAUUCUAUCACCUUUGAUGUAUUUGUGUGGUUUGGGUGGGCCAAUUCCUCUUUGAACCCCAUCAUUUACGCCUUCAAUGCUGAUUUUCGGAAGGCAUUUUCAACACUACUAGGAUGUUACAGACUUUGCCCGACGACCAACAAUGCCAUAGAGACAGUCAGCAUCAAUAACAACGGGGCUGUGGUCUUUUCCAGCCACCAUGAGCCACGUGGCUCCAUUUCCAAGGACUGCAACCUGGUGUACCUGAUCCCACAUGCCGUGGGCACCUCAGAGGAACUGAAGAAGGAGGAGGGAGGUGGAAUAGCCAAACCCUUGGAAAAGUUGUCCCCGGCCCUUUCUGUCAUAUUGGACUAUGACACUGAUGUGUCACUAGAGAAGAUCCAGCCCAUCACGCAGAACGGGCAGCAUCCAACCUGA